AUGCCGCUGAUUGGCACGAUGCAACUUCAGUGUGCACUCCCGAAGGCUACCAUGAGCACUUCGCAGAUCCUCGUGCUGCUCGCCCUUGUGGCGACAGUGGCUCUGGCCACUGAGACCAAGAAGUCCGACAGCAAAGGAGCCGAGUCAAAGGAUGCCAAGAGCAAGCGGGGACUGGAACUGAGUCUGGGUCAUGGUGGCUUUGGCGGUGGCGGCGGCGGUGGUUACGGCGGCCACGAUUUCGGUGGCUUCGGCGGUGGUGAUUUCGGCGGCGGUUUUGGUGGAGGUGGCGGCGGCGGCGGCGGCGGUGAUGGAGGAAGAAUUUCUGGCAUCACGAUCCAUCGCGAAGUCUCGGUGCCAGUUCCGGUGCCCUACACCGUCGAGAAAAGCGUACCAGUACCUGUACAUGUGCCGGUGAAGAUUCCGAUUGACAAUCCGAUACCGUAUCACGUACCAAAGCCUUAUCCGGUUCCAGUAGAGAAGACUGUACCAAUCCCCGUAGAGAAACCGGUUCCAGUACCCGUCAAGGUGCCCAUAAAGAUACCCGUCAAGGUGCCCGUUCCAUAUAGCGUACCUGUUAAAAUACCUUACCCCGUGGAGAAGGAAUUGCCCUAUCCGGUCAAGGUGCCGGUCGUCGUAAAGGAAUCGUAUCCGGUCCUGGUGCAUGAAGGCGGUCACGGAGGUGGCGGCUUUGGUGGAGGCGGCGGCUAUGGCGGAGGCGGUUUCGGAGGCGGACACGGUGGAUUCGGUGGCGGACACGGCGGAUUCGGUGGCGGUCAUGAAUUCGACCUGCAUUGACGAUAGUCCGAUAACAAUCGAUAUUAAUGAUACUCUUGUAUAUAAUUAUUAUGUUUCCUUUUUUACACUGUGCUGUCUUAGCAGAAUAAACAUUAAAUUAUUAA